UUUUUUUGGCUUGCAGAGGACGGAAGUUUUAUAACAGGAGACUUAUGUAUACAGUGUAGUGUCAGCAUGAGCUAAUGUUGUUAUUCAUAUAGGACUUAAACCUCCAGCUUCUCAAAAGUCGACAAAAUGGUCAACCUCGGUCUCACCAAAGUGGACGACGCGCUGGCGGCCAAACACCCGGGUUUAGGGAGUUAUGCUGCCUGUCAGUCUCAUGCCUUUAUGAAGGGGACUGGGACCUUUAUACUGGGCGCUGGGAGCUUAUUUGCCAUUCAGAUGGUUGUGCAGAAAAGACUUCCUUAUCCUCUUCAAUGGAACCUGCUCAUUUCCAUAGUGGCGUCAUCCGUGGGCAGUUAUGCAGUGACACGCUGGGAAACACAGAAAUGCUCAGACCUCUGGUUGUUAUUAGAAACUGGGAAAGUCCCGGACAGAUCGCCGCCCCAGGUGCCUAAACCAGAGGAACCAAAAGGAACUGGGAAGACAAAAUAUGGCGACGUGAUGGAAUGAACAGGAUCAUAAACAAACUUGUUUAUCUACUGUAUAUAACGACACAUUUUCAGAAAAUGUACUUUGCUGGAGAUAUUCAGAAAAGCUGGGUGUGACAUAAUACAUUCUGCAUUUAAUUGCAUCUUAUUUCUGCAAUACACCAAAUGAAGGAAGUGUUUUUUUUUUUCUUCCAAUUUCAGAGUUUGUACAGCUUUUGAAUUUCAUAACAGCAUUAAUGUGUGGAUAAAGUUUUCUGAAUCAGAGGUCAGGAAUUAGUUCGGGUUUUUAGGAGGAAUCAGAUGUUAAGCUUGUGAUCCGGUAUUAUUAUUUGGAUGUGUUUGUUUGACAUGCAACAGAAUUAACACUGCAGUACCACUUCAAAUCCCUAGCUGUCACUGUAAUACCUCACGGACAUGCAGGACUGUGUGCUGAAGAUACAGGAGGGUCGAGUAACCAACUAAAUCACCAGUUUGUUUGCUUUUUUUUUUUAUCUUUUAAGCAUGUAAUCUAAAUUACAUAUUGAUAUUUCCUUUCAUGUAUGCCUUAGACUACAGAGAGCAAAUCUUUGUGGGAUGAUUCAUCCUGAUAAAUAAACAUUCAGUGCCACAGUGUAA